AUGUUUUACGGUCAUCUAGCCGAUAAUCAAGUACCAACUAUCGACCUACCAGACUGCACUAAGGAAGGACUGCAAGAAAUGCUUCGUUAUGCACAUUGUGAAGAAGCCAAUUUAACCGGAAGUAACGUAAUGGAGUUARUCUACCUCGCCAAGAAGUACAUGAUGCCAUUCCUAGAAAAGAAAUGUAAAGAAUAUCUCGAGACUGAAGUUGGUCCAGAAGAUGUGUUCAUUGUUUUACCACAAGUACAGAAAAUGGGAGAUGAAGACCUUGAAGGACACUUUUGGGAAAUUGUUGACAAGCAAACUGAUCGAGCCAUUUCUUCUGAAUCACUUCUGGAUGUGUCUAAAGAACUGCUUUGUCAAGUACUCAAAAGAGACACUCUUAGUGCAUCUGAAGUGCAUCUUUUCCAAGCUGUAGAUAUAUGGGCCACCAACAAACAAAUWGAUAAAAGGCAAUUGGUUUGUAAUGGCGAAGCAAAAAGAGCCAUUCUUGGAGAAGAUCUCAUCCGACUGAUUCGAUUUCCACUUAUGUCUCAAAAGGAGUUUGUUGAAGUUGUUCUUCCAAGUAAAAUUCUGAAUAUAGAUGAAAUAACAGAGGUGCUUCAAAUUUUUACUGACAUAAAUCCUGUGGCGAACAUCUUUAAUAAGAGAAGACGAAGAUUCAGUCCUGAUAUAGUGAUAUCAAGGUUUAGCAAUUUUAGUCAACUAUGGGAUUACGAUUACGAUGGAUCACCAGAUGCUAUAAACCUUACUGUUAACAAAGAUGUCGAUCUGGUUGGUGUUCGAUUAUUAGGCAGUGUGAAGGAUGCUCCAACUACAAUGUGA